ACCAUAUAUAUGACGAAUAUGUGGGUAAAAUUGUGUAUUAUAUAAUAUUAAUAAAAUUAAAUAAAUAAAUUGCGAGAGUAUAAAAUGUGCGCUCACAACCGAACUUAGUCCUUCCUUACUUGUUAGAUAAUAUUUUAAACAAUUUUUUUUGAAUUUUGAAACCCUCCUCACCUCUUAAAUGAAGUAAUGAAUUUCCUAAUAAAUAUUUUUAUUCCACAGGUGUCGUUGGCAUCGCACACGGUGGCACUGUCAUGGCCUGCACACGCUCCUACAUGGUCAUACUGUGUACAUUCGUUUGGAUUGGCAUGUGCAAGGGUGUGCGCACAAUCUGCUGGUCACUUAUUAUACCCGGUUGUGUUCCAUUGAGACGUUUACCAGCAGCUUCCAGUUUGGCACUGCUCAUUUCCGGCUUGUUUACGUGCGCCUGCGGACCAUUUGCGGGUCUUAUACGUGAUCGUUUCAACUACUCGGAUCAGCCUGGAUUUCCUCAACAUGUUGUCUCGUUUAUUGCUGUCAUCUCGUGGUCACUUGAGGCGCUGGUGCGUCGUUAUCGCCGUCGCUGUCGUCAUCGUACAUACCUUAGUUGUAAUUUACAUAUAUGUAUAUGUAGAAGUCAAAAAGCUUUCGUUAAUUUUCCUAUAAUAACUUAUAUAACAAUACACAUAAUUGUAUACAUACACAUGCAAUAUAUAUAUUAUAUACAUAUACAAACAUAGAUAAUUAAGCCACUAGAACUACUCUU